GUUCUGGUCCUGUCUAGCUUGCCUAUCUCGUGCUGUGCCUUGGUCAACCUUUAAAACCCUCUCGUUCCCCUCGAGAGUAGCUUUUUAUACUCCUGAACUUGUCAAUCGCAACUCGCUAGUUCUAUUACAUCACUCCCAAAUCCGCAACCAUGUCCCGCAAGAGAAAGCAAGACGAGGAGGAGGAGGAGCUCGUCUCCCUGCCUGAAGACGAUGAUGGCGAGGAGGAAGAGGAGUACAUCUCGACCGGAGAUGAAGAGGAACAGAGCGAAGAGGACGAGGAUGCCGAGGAGGAGGAAGAGGAUGAUGAAGAGGGCGACGAGCCUGAAGAAAAGGUCGAGCCACCCGUAAAGAAGCGCAAGACGACCGAGGCUUCGGGCGAAGAGGUCCCCAACGGUGACGCCGCCGAGGAAGAAGAUGAGCCAGAAGAAGAAGAGGAAGACGCUGAAGCAGAAGACGAGGAGGACGCCGAGGCUGAUGAAGACGCGGCCGACGUCCCUGCUCCGGCCAAGGAGACCAUCAAGGCCCCCGAGGCACCUGCUGCGACCGAGACUCCAGAGCCCAAGGCUGUCACGGCUGGUGGCGAGUGAUGUCUCGUGUUGGGUCGUUUUUAUAUAGCAACUCGUUCCUUUUUGACGCGUCUUGGAUCGUUAUCGUCGGUCAUGUACACUCGGACAGGUGCUUGGACAGCGUUGAGUUACCGAAAGGGGUCUCUUGAUAUCAUGUUGUCGUCACUUGCGUGGUCGGGUAUGGGAUAGGAUAGGCAUCGGUAUAGGUAUAGGGUGGGCAUGUUGGUCUUGGAUAUCAUGUUGAGAUAUAUGUUGUUGAAGAUUCCAAGAAGUGUUCAUCCAGAGCAAUACAUCCAUCUGGGUAUCAGGCCCCCUUUAUACCGC